UAUGUCACUUCCCAUGUUGACAUCUUGACUUCGAGUAGGAAAAGAGCGCUCGUGACGGGCCGUAUACGAUGAAGGACCGGUGAUAGUUGCCAUUUGGGCUACAGAAGACAAGAAAAAAUGGAUCUGAAAAGGACUAUGGCUGUAAUCUUAGUGAUAUUUGUUUUAUUAGGCAUUACUGUGGCGUUGGUGGCGAAUGACAGCUGCAAACAAAUGUCAACCUGCAGAUGCCAGUUCGACGGUGGACAAGAAAUUAAUUUGAUGAAGGUAGCUGCCGGUCCCCUUGAUGCACCGAGGUUUAAGGAACUGACUGCUAGUAAUAAAUCGGAUACAAGUCUAUAUUCAUAUAAUCCAUGCUACAGUUAUGUCUUCCCACCUGAUGGUCAAGAAAUGUCAUGUGGCAAAGAUGUGGCUGUGUGUCAGUCCAGUACCUCAGGUCCUAUCAAUGUUGGGAAACAGAGUCUUGCAAAAUUUCAUUUUGAUAAUUCAACAGACCAGUGGAUACUGUCAUAUUAUAAUGACAUUGGAGAUAGGUUGUCAAAUGUUAUUUUACAGUGCACUGAUAAUGACAAUGACGUCCUUGAGGUAUUUGGUGAAACAACAGGCCAACAUAGGAGUGUAUUUAACAUGACCCUGAAAUCCAAGUGUGCAUGCAUAGGGGGCUGUCUGACUCCUAUCCUACCCCACGGCAUGUCUGUUGGGUCGCUGUUCCUGCUAUUGCUCCUCAUCUUCAUUUGCGUGUACCUGACAGUGGGAUACCUGUACCGUCGAUAUGUUAUAGGUGCACGGGGCAUUGAGUUGCUCCCACACCUUAGCUUUUGGAUGGACUUUCCAUAUCUUGUUCAGGAUGGAUUCUUCUUCCUGCUGUACUGCGGAAGGAGAGAUGUUACUUAUGAAAGAAUAUGAAAUAAAGCUUUAUAUAUCUGGAGUAGGAUUUAUACAUUAAUCUCUUUAUUUUUCUUGCCUCUAUAUUAACUAGAAGCAACAGCUUGGUGAAGUGUGAUUAUAAAUUCCUAGAGCAGAAUACUAAAGACAAUGGAUCAUCCAUAUUUUACUAUUAUGUGAUAAGAAAUAUCAUCUGCCAUUCUAGGUAAUGAUGUAUUUCAUGUCAAUACUUUGGGUUAGAUGUCAAGUAAAAGGAUUGAGAUUUCAUUUCAUGAUGGGCCUGAGUUUUGUAAAUGAAUAUUUAAUAGGGGAUCAACAGUUUAUUUAUAUAAUCAAUAUUUUGCUUUCAUACAGGGAGGCAGAUUUUUUUUCUAACCAUCUUUGCACAUGGGAGUAAGAUUUCCCCUUAUUUUAUCCUAAUAUUGACAGAAAAGGAUGAUUUUUGUUGAGUUAGUGCUAGUGGCCUUAGAAGUUGGCAGAGAGAAAAAAAGGAUCAAGUAAGUGAGCUCUCAUGCACUUAAAAGUGGUGCUUGGCUCUUAAUUUUCCAAGACGCAAGUACUCAAAGUUUGUAUACAAUUGCCUAAAUUGUUUAGUGUUCUGUUUAUUAAAGCCAGGUCAACUUCAAUUUUAGAGGCUUUUAGAUAUGCAUUGUAAAUGGGCUUAGGAAAAUGACUUUUGUUAUUGUGAAAAUUACAAAUUAUGGCAUUUGUGAUGGAGAACUCAUUUUUAGGUAAUUAGCUGUUCUAUGUAAAGCAAAUAUAUAUUCACUUAUUUUGUAGAUGUAGAGACAUUGUUUAUUGAAAGUAUUUCGCCCAAAAUGACAAGUAAGGUUUGUAAGCCUAGUACUCAAUCGUAUUUUAUUUUAAAGUUGAGGUUCCAGUUCCACUUGUUUCAGAUUUCUGAAUCUACAUCAACUUUGGCUUUGACUUGAUUGUUACAAUUAGAGCAUUAAGAAGUAUUUGUAAAUUGACCAAAGCAAUGCCCCCAUUUUAUAUGUUCUAUGAUGGAGUUGAGAAAAAACAUGAAUCACAUAACAAAAUUAUAUUGUUAAUUAUUUUCAUGUACUUAAUGUAUGAAGCAGUGAUGGGAUUGUCUGAUGUGAUGAAUAAUCCUGUUAGGGUUAUAGAUGCCUUAUUUAGGAUUAAUUUCCCUCAAAUGGUUUAGGCAGAGGAUUUGGGAAGACAUAUUUUUUAUAUAAUAUCCAUGACAAGAUGUUACUUUUAUACAAAUGAGAUAUUUUUUCGUCUCGUUUAUGAAUGACUAUUUUCAUGUUAUUUUUACAUCAGAGUUAUAAUGAAUAUCUAAGAGAUUGUAGCUGUUAAUACAGCUAUAUUGAGUCUUAGCUUGGUAAAUAGAUUUCAUAUGAAGUGAUGGUAAGCAGAGUAAUAUUUCAUGAAUGAAUUAUUUCUGCAUUAUGGAACAGACUAACAUUAUAAAGUUAUAUAAUAAAGUGGAUUAAAUAUGUAUUUUUGUAUCAGUAAGGUUGUGAUGUAUUUGUAUUGCUGUUUUGUCAUGCUUUAUAUUUUUCUCCAUAUCAAGAGUUGUGAUCUUACUGUAUGUAUGAAAUUUAAGGCCCCCCCAAAAAGUUUGUGGAACUUAUUCAACAGAAAUUACUCUGAAUCUUGGAACUACAUUUUAAAAAAUCUGAAAAUGUGACAUUCAAAGAUGCAAUGUUUUUAAAGCAUAAGGUAGAAGAGAGUGCUGGAAUUAAAUGAAUGUAAACAUUGCAGUGCUUUUAUGUUGUUUUUAAGCUUCUUGUAUAAGGGUUUCAAUGUUGCCUCAACAGAUAAAAUAGAGAGCAUUUCUUUUAAAACCGAUUUUCUGAACAAUUUUCUAGCUUUAAGUGUGUGAUAUGCUCUUAAAUCUUAGGAUCCUAGGUAAUAUGUGUUCCUGACUUAUAUCUUAACCAGAUGUAAAAUUGGUAUAUUAUAUGGCAUGUGCCUUACUUUCAUCAUUGGUUAUUUCUUUUGUCAUAAGAUUUUGUAUUACAUUUUUGCAGUCCAUUAUGUUCAAACUCUUCUCAGUUUCAAAUCUUUGAAGCAUGCUAUGGCUAAGAAAUGUUUUGUAUCUUCAUAAAUUACUAUCCACAGGAAGUUGUACAGAACUGACUGAAAGUUUUCUUUUUUCUCUUUUUAGGCCAUAAGAUUCUGAUCAUUGUCAAAGGAAUCACUUAAUUUAAGUCAUUUUUAAUCAUGAGGAAAAUGGUAACACAGUGAAAACCCAAAAGUAGAAUAAGAUUGAAGAAUUCUGUAGUUUGUUUCCUUUUUAAAUGGCUUCAGAAUAUUUCUUAUGAAAUUUGGAUACAAUGUUUACUGAAGCAUAUCUUUGAAUAAUACAGUUUCCUAUUUUUUCUA